CCGCCUCCAUUCAUUACAUCUUGACAAACGUGUCUGGAGCCAGAAUUUCUCUUAAUUAACUCCCAAACAUAUUUAUAAUACAUUUCUCUACCACUUGGCGCACUUCUAACAACAACACUAUCCUUUAUAAGAACAAUUCCAAUAUCAGAUGACAGUGGUAUAAACCUAGAUUCAUUUUCGUUUGAAACUUGGAUUAAUUCACUAAAGAGUUUUGGCACAAAGGUAACACUGGCAGAAGAUUAUUGAAGCAAAAAACAAGAAAAAGAUCAUAUUUUGUGAUUUUUCGAAGAAAAGUAAUGGAAAAGAGUGAAACACUAAAGGAACUGAUUUUUCCAGAAGAUAAAGAAAAAGGGAGUCGAAAAUUGUCACAUGACUGUGAUGUCUGUAAAAAGUCAUUCUCUCAAAAGUGUUACUUGACACUACACCAACGUAUUCAUAGAAAGGGGAAGCCAUUUCACUGUGACAUCUGUGGUAAAUCAUUCUCUCGAAAAAGUAGCUUGACUACACACAAACCUACUCAUACAGGAGAGAAGACUUAUGACUGUGAAGUCUGUGGUACAUCAUUCUCUCAGCAGAGUUCUUUAGAUUCUCACAAGCGUCUCCAUACAGGGGAGAAGCCAUUUCACUGUGACAACUGUGGUAAAUCAUUCUCUCAUAGUAAUAAUUUGACUACACACAAACGUAUUCAUACCGGAGAGAAGCCUCAUCGCUGUGCUGUCUGUUUUACGUCAUUCUCUCAGCGAAGUGGCCUUUAUUCGCAUAUGCGUUUCCAUACAGGGGAGAAACCAUUUCACUGUGACAUCUGUGGUAAAUCAUUCUUUCAAAAAUGUGACUUGACUAGACACAAGCGUAUUCACACGGGAGAGAAGCCUUAUCACUGUGAUGUCUGCAGUAUGUCAUUCUCUGACCGAAGUGCUUUGAGUUAUCACAUACGUGUUCAUACAGGGAAGAAGCCAUUUCGCUGUGACAUUUGUGGUAAAUCAUUCUCUGUAAGUGGUACAUUGACUAGACACAUACGUAUUCAUACUGGAGAGAAGCCAUAUCACUGUGAGGUCUGUGGUACAUCAUUCUCUCAGCGAAGUGCCUUAAAAUCUCACAAACGUGUUCAUACAGGAGAGAAGCCAUUCCACUGUGAAUUUUGUGGUAAAUCAUUCUCUAAAAACAUUAGCUUGACUACACACAAACGUAUUCAUACCGGAGAGAAGCCUUAUCACUGUGACGUUUGUUUUACAUCAUUCUCUCAUCGAAGUGCUUUUAAUUUGCAUAUGCGUUUCCAUACAGGGGAGAAGCCAUUUCACUGUGAAAUCUGUGGUAAAUCAUUCUUUCAGAAAGGUAGCUUGACUACACACAAACGUAUUCAUACAGGAGACAAGCCUUAUCACUGUGAUGUCUGUAGUAUGUUAUUCUCUGACCGAAGUGCUUUAAAUUAUCACAUACAUGUUCAUACAGGGAAGAAGCCAUUUCACUGUGACAUUUGUGGUAAAUCAUUCUCUGGAAGUGGUACAUUGACUACACACAUACGUAUUCAUACUGGAGAGAAGCCAUAUCACUGUGAAGUCUGUGGUAAAUCAUUCUCUCAGCGAAGUACCUUAAAAUCUCACAAACGUGUUCAUACAGGGGAGAAGCCAUUCCACUGUGAAUUCUGUGGUAAAUCAUUCUCUCAAAGUAACACCUUGACUAAACACAAAUGUAUUAAUACCGGAGAGAAACUCCAUCCUUCUGUCUGUGGUUGGCCAUUCACUCAACAUAGCAAAGUAACUUCUCCCAAACAUGAUCAUAAGGGGAAUAAGCAAUCUCACUGAUAUUUGUGGUAAAUCAUUCUCCCUAAGUGGUGACCUAACCCUUUACUAUGUACUUGAUUCUCUCGAAUGUGAUGUUUAUUCACAUUGUUUUCAAUUCGUCAUGCAUUAACUCACAGCUUUCAAGCGUUGGUGAUGUGAUUGUCUAUUUAGAGAAUGACAUUGUAGGGAAAGUGUAAGAGGCAGUGUCUAGCUUGUUUGAACAUAAAAUAGGUAGAAUAUUAGAUCAAAUAUGAGUGGUUUAAAUGCUGAAUGGUUAACACUAGAAGUACCAACAUUUCUUCUUACAAAAACCAUCACAGCCAUUUUUGACUGUCAUUGAAAAUUUAUACUUGAAUACAAUUUAUUUUAAAUAUCAGCAAAUAGAGUGAAUAAAGGAUUUGGAAAUACA